AUGGUUUACGAAGGUGAUGGAGAAACUACACGUGAUGAAAGAAGCAGUUCUUCUCUGAAGCAAGGCGAUAUUGGGGUUGUAUUCAUAGUACCUAAAAUACUUAUCAGAGAACAUGAACGGGUUAUACUUAAACAAAUCCUACAAAUUUUGGGUCAAGAUGAACUAGUACAAGCUCCCUUGGAUAAAUUUCCUUACCGAAAACUAGAAGUAACAAGAUAUAUAGAUGAUUCCAAGACCAGGGAUGUUACGGAUACUUCCUAUAAGAUGGUACAAAUGGAUGCAUAUGGGGAGAAAAAGACAAGUUUGAAAGGUAAAUUAUUUGGUGGUAGGCAGUUUUUAUUCAAUACAUUCAUGUUUAUGGCUCAUGGUGAUGUCCUUCUGGUGCUUUUGCAAGAUGUUAUCAAAGUACUAUACCAGGAUGAGACGAUGCCUGACGAGAACGAGUUUAUUGGCCGACAUGAUCAAUUUCUAAUAAUGGAAACUUCAGAGGAGCAAACGAUUUUUUUGGUCAAAAACGGUGUUCUUCCUGAAGGGUCCAAUGGGCCUUUUAGGUACAUAACUGCCAGAUCCGCGUUUGUUGAAUUUGGUGCUUCUGUUAUUGUUGGGGGUCAACGCAUCGUUGAUGAUUAUUGGGAAUCGUUAGCUAAAAAACAAAAUUUCUCAUCUCAUCAGAGAGUUUUCAAGUUAACAACAAAACUAAUCUCAAAAAUAUCACUUUUACGCCCUUCUUUCCAAAAUAACAAGGCAACCAAUACCAACCAUACUGAUACAGGUACAGGUGCAAUUUCCGACUUGAAAUUUGAAUCACCAUAUCCAAUAGUCACAGAACAACCAUCAGCAGAGAUCAGAGAAGCGUAUAUUGAAAACUUUGCUAAAGGUGAACACAUUUCAGCCAUUGUUCCUGGACAAAGUAUAAGUGGAACAUUGGAACUAAGUGCACAGUUCAGAGUACCACGUUAUCAUAGUAAAAACUCAUUUCAACAAGCUCUGCAAAUGAAAGCAAUGGAUAUACCGAUCGGGAAGCACGAAGAAUUACUAGCCCAGUAUGAAAGCCAGGCGUCUGACGGUUCCUCACUAACUUCAUUGCCUAAUAAUAUUCCUUCUGUCAAUCCUAGUAAUAAGCCCAUCAAACGAAUGUUAAGUAGUAUUCUUGAUAUUAACGUUACAUCAUCAAAAAAUAAAAAAUCUGAGGAAAACGAAAUGAUAAAGCCCAUGAACAGGGGUCUAAUUAAGAAUAACACGUCUUUGAACAUAAACGGCUGGAAGUUCGAAUCCCUACCUUUGAAAUCCGCGGAACAUUCUGGAAAGAAGCAAUAUUAUAGAGGAUUGCCUUUGUAUGAAAAAAAUGCAUUGUUAGGAAGGUUGAAACAGCUGACACCAAACGAAAUCAAAGAAUUGGAACAUUUACACGAUGCCGUUUUUGUUAAUACUGGCUUACAAAAUGUCAGAAAAGUAAGGACAAAGAAAUGGAAAAAAUAUUGGCAAUAUAAGGCAGGCAUUCCUAUCGGUUUAAAACGCUCCCAAUUAGACGAAUUCGAAAACAAAUAUUUGAAAGAUGUGUUGGCACAGACAAGUGUCACCACUAAUUUUAAUGAAGUAACAAAUACUGACGAAACAAUAACAACGAAAAGGAUACCAAACGCAAAUUUCUUGGGGAACUGCAAUAUUAAGGACUUCAAGCCUCCAUACAUUUAUCCUCGUUUGAGCAAUUUGCCACAAAACACCCCUGGAAACGAAACGACCGUUAAGCCAGACGCUGAUGUGAAAAAUAAAAACCCUAAUUCAAUGAUGAUGACGGAUGCAAUGACGACAAAACAGGGCACUUUUUCCAACUUAAUUAACGGAGUAUCUAUGGAUAAAAUAGGAAAGUAA